AUGAAUAUUGUGCGAUGUGCACCACAGGGUGCACCCAUCUCAGUGUGUGCAUGUCUGUCCAUUCUUCCCUCUCUGUUUACGGUAGUUAUUUCAUCAACAUCAGCAAAUGAGCAUGGAGGACCGCGUUAUAUUGGUGGACGUCUUUGUGCACUUUGGCCUCGCGAAGGUCCACUAUUCUUUGGCAUGAGACGUUCAUUGGAAAUGUUGCAUAAAUGCUGA